GCUUGUGUGCGCACACACGUACAUCAGAGCGCCGUGAGCCAUUAGAACUGGCGGGAGCGAUCCAACUUUCCCUGAGAGAGAAGUGGCAAAAUAAGACCUAGUGGGUGUAACCAGAACGCCACCUAGCUGCGGAGACGCUUCGGCGGAGAUCCGUCGACUGUACCGAUUAUGAAAAACACCCGCGCCGAUGUUGUUGCACGGAGGGCUCCGCGCUCUGCUGGGAAACAAACUCGCCUUUCGGGGGUGUUUUUAACCUCCGCCGGCCUUAGUUAUGUAAUCGGAGCCACAAUCUGAUGCACCAGGAGCGGCGGAUCGCUCGCAGUUAGAACCGAUAGGAGCGGAGAGCAGGACAGCAACACCUUCAGCUCCUUUUGCCUCGAACGCAGUUGGCUCUGGGACGCGCUCUCUGGCUCAAGUCAGAAGGACAAGAGAGAGACCUUCCCUCGCUGGUUGACGGCAAUAAACUGCACUUGGACCGUUAAGGGAUCUGUUUUGCUAACCUUUCUGGUUUGCACCUGCAAUCUGCCCUUCGUCUUUGACCCCAACAGCCCCUCUGGGCUCAUUUGAAAGUGCUAUACUGGGAACUCUGCAGCACACUGCCUCUCCCCCCUGACUUCUCUGAUGGACCAGAGAGUGAAGGGGGGGACCCCUACAACCACCGCCUCCACUCUGGACUCUACUUCUGCUCCUGAAGACUCUAAGCAGGACCAAGUGGCAGAGAAAAAGAGGAGAGCCGAGGGGGAGAGUGGCAAUGCUGGGAAAAAGGAGGAGGAGAAAAGAGGACCAGGAGGAAAAAGGGAAGGGGACAAGGGAGCAGUGCUGGAGCUACUCAUCGAGGGGCGAUGUGGAGGGCAGCAGGAGCUCCAGCUCUCUGGCAGGGAGUCAAACUGCCCCGAGGGGAACGUAAGGGUCCGGAUUGGACUCCAGGCCAAGCGCACCAAAAAGCCGCCCAAGAUUUUGGAGAGCUACGUGUGCAAGCCCACCAUCAGGACGUAUCAGAGACAAGGCAGGGGGGCUUUGCUGAGGGCAGAUGGAGAGGGAAGAGCAGUCCAGCAGAUCAAAAGCAGCCCAGCCACAGAUGAGGCAAACAGGGAGCAGCGAUUGGGCUUGGAUGCCGUCCAGGCCACGUCCAAAAAAACUACAUCUGCUGCUCCACCGCCACUUGCAAAGUCAUUAUCAUCCCCGUCAUCGCAGCCUUUGUCAAUAUCCUCGACAUUAACUUCAGAGUCUACUCCUGCUUCUGCCCCUAACAUAUCAACCCAAGGAACCAAGACUGGCAAACAGGUUCCUAUCAAGCUGGCCGAUAAGACGGACGAUAAUUCAAAUGGUUCAUCAGAGAAAGUGAAGAAAGACAAGCUUCCAAGUGUUAAUGGACAGUCUGUCCCUGCAGGACUUAAACCCUGCUCUCCCACAACAGAUCAGACAACUUCCACCACUCCGUCCACACCGAGCAAGCAGACAGUCUCCACUUCAGAAACCAGGAAUGAAGGGAACAGCUCCAAGAAACACAAUGGUUUGGUUCAGACAGCAAAACAGAAGGAACUAUCGAAUGGGAGGAGUUCUUCAAAUAUCCUUGGCACUUCGUCCUCAUCGAAAAACAAAGCUGGAAAACUCAGCAGUUUGUCUUCUGCUUCUUCCACAGAUUCCACAGUGAGGUCUCUGGUGUCUUCUGGCUCCCAUAAAGAGCUUUCCAGUAAGACUAAGCCAGACUCUGCUGCCUGUCACCAAAUCACCCCCAAAUCACAGUCUUCCCCCUCCUUGGAUCCUUCCUCUGCCCAGUCAGAGGGUUGCGGUCCCUCUCCACUACCCCUGAUAGACAAUAAGAGAGAGAAAGAGAAGAAAGCCAAGAAGGAGAGACGUAGAGAUAAAAAAUCAAGGAGAGAUGGACCAGAGGCAGACAGAGAAAAAAGUGAAAAAAGAAAGGAUGAGCUUAAGAAAAAGAAGGACAAGGAUGGGAGAUCAAGACACGACAAAGAAAAGGAUCAGAAACACAGAACUGGCGAUUUAUGGAGGGAUAACCUAAAGAAUGAGGCUGGAAAGGCAGAUAGGAUAAGCCCUGAAAGAUUGAGGACACAAGAUAAUAAUGCAAAAUGUGGUGAAACAGUUGGUACUGCUAAAUUCGAUAAAAGCUCUAAAAAAGUGACUCCAGUCAGACUAGAAGAGAAAGAAAAGACAGUUGACAGUUGUAGGCUUGCUAAACAAAGUGAGCCUGCUUCAACAGGUGAUUCCAGUAAAUCAAAAGAACAAGACGUAUCAAGAUACCCAGUAGUGCCUCCGCCUCUCUCUAUGUCUUCAGCUCCUCCCCCUUUGGCCUCGUCUUCCUCUCACAUUCCUGUUUCUCCCCCCUCUUCGCCCCGGGAGCAGGACAGCCGACCACUCAAGAAGCGUAAAGCCAGAAGGCCCAGCUGGACCAAGCUGGUACAUCGCGCCCACAGAGCAGAAAAUCAGGAAGCUUCUUUGGAUUCCCUGCAUAAUCCAUCGCUAAGUUUCCCCCAGAUCACUAAGACAUCGUUUCCACCCAAAACCGCUGUUCAGCAGAGCGAUGAGUCGCAGUCAGCGCCCUUGAGCUCCUUAUCCAGCUGCUCCGCCCCAGUGUCUUUAGCAGCCCCAAAACAAACUCACCCCAUUUCAGAUUCAGCCCGGAAGAGGGGCCGUCCCAAAUCCCACGGCUCCAGUUUGGAUGAGCCUCCUCCUCGACUUUCACCAAGUGAUAUUCCCUCUGAGGAUCCCAUUGUAGGCUGUGACAGAUCUAAAAAAGCCCCGGUGCUGGUACCAAUACUGCAGUCUAAAUCCAACCCUAAGAAACGAGGGCGUCCCCCCAAAAGACCCUUCCCAGAGGACCAGGGUGAAGAUGCACUGAAUCUCCCCAAUUGCAAGGAAAGGAGUGAAGACUUUUAUCCACCUGAACGGGGGAACCGGCAGCUAAAGAUCAGGAGACUGAUUAAUGAAAUAAAGAAAAGAAAGAAGAGGAGACUUCACAAAGUAAUUAUGUCUGGUUAUAUGGGGAAGGUGGGCAGGGGUAGAGAGGUAGUGGAUGGUAAAACCUCAUUGAGAAUGUGUAAAUCGAUUGAGGACACAACAGUUCACACCCUUUCAGCCCUGUCCUCCUCAUUUGGGAGCACGCUGGGCCCUCAGAUCAAUGUAAGCAAAAGAGGUACCAUUUACAUGGGCAAGAGGCGAGGACGCAAGCCUAAGUCCCAAUCAGCGAACCUAAACUCUAGCUCCCAGAACUCCACUCAGUUGUCUUUGUUUACCAGUCCCCCUGAAGCAUCUCUUUUCUCAUCUAGCCAGGCACAGCCACCCCCAUCUCACCCAUUUCCUUCCCCAUCACUUACCCACUCUAGUGGAGCCCAGAGUCCUUUUAGUGAAGGCAGCCUCACAGAACCAACAUCCUCCCUCCUCUUUUCCCACCACUUCUCUCUCCCUUCCCCAUCUUCCUCUUGUACAUCCCCACGUCCUCCUUCCUCCUCUUCCCUCUCCCCCUUUGUAAAAAAGAGCUGUCCAUGUCAAGGGAGACAUCAGUUUCCCUUUCACCAGUCUUCAUGUAAGCUCUCGAGUGCCACUGCUUCAAUGCACCAUGUACCGGGUUCCCCGAGUCACCUGAAGGAGGCCACCCCCUCACCAAGGAGCGAGUCACAUAGUGACGAGACGCUGCCCAGUGACAGCGGGAUAGGAACAGAUAAUAACAGCGUCUCUGAGCGAGGCGAGAUGAGGGGAGCCAGAGGAAUACUGAGGAUGGGUCAUGGGUCAGGGGUGAUUCUGGGAGGUCAAAGGCUCCCUCCAUCUCUUGUGGACCGCCCCUCUCCGGUUUCGUCGCCCCUCUCUCAUGUGGCCAGACACUCAAACACUAUUAACAUCUCAAACGCCGCAGAGCGUCACAGAGACCGGCACCGACACAGGCGCAGGGAUUACGACUGCCCCGCUUCCUGUGCCUGCCUGUGCACCUGCCUUGGACACAACAAGUGCACUCAUUCCGACUAUUACUCUUGCCUUGGACAUAGUGCACUGAAGAGACAGAAGAACAAGCAUAAGAAGAAGCACCAACAGAUGCACAUGCAAGACCCAGAGUUCCUUGCUGAGCUGGAUGAUCUGAUCGCUCAGUUCAACGAGGUUCACAUUGGACGACGAAGCUGGGCGAGGACGGGAUUUGGGCAGGGCUUUGAGGGAGGAAGGCGGCAUCAUUCUUCUUCUCAUUCCCACCGGUCCAACAUCUUCCGGAUAAAUCUGAAUGGCUUCUACUCGCCACACCCUGUAUCCUUCCCAGCAGCUCCUUCCUUCACCCCUCAGCCCUUCUAUCCUUGCCAUUGUAACAGGAAACUGGACCGCCGGCAGUGCGGCUGCCCGUCAAAGUUCCAGGAAACAAUUGAAAACAUGGGCUUUUAUGGCAGUUACCCACCAGCACCACCGUCACUCUAUCACCACCUCCCCAGCUCUUUCCCUCUUCCACCCCCUCACCAGUACGCCCCCCAUCAGUCCCACCACGCUCACUUCCUCCUCAACCCAGCCAGAUUCCACAGGCGCAGAAGCAGGUUGCUCAGGGAUGGAGCUUUAGGAGGAGAGGUGGAAGGAGAUUUAGGGGCUAGCAGCAGAGGAGCAAGCUCGGGGUUCGUUUCUGGCCUCUCUUGUGGCUGGGGGAGGAGCGAACAUAAACAUAAGCACCGUCACCGACUCUGUGAGCGAAACAUGGAAACUGAAGAGGAGUUACAGGAUGAGGAGGAGGAAGACGGCAUGCAUAGGGAGCUCUUGAGUGGUUCAAAGACACAAUCAGGGUUAAAUUUUGGGCAAGUAGAAGGAAGGAGGAAAGGGGGAAAAGGACCGGGAAGCAUCCUGUCUAAAGACUCGCCUUGGUUACGUCAAAAUGGAAGCAUUCCCUUCUCCGCUGCCACUUCCUCUUCAUCAUGUUCUUCGGCAGAGAGGUACAAAAACACAUCUCUCACCUCUUUGGGCCUUGGCUCCACUCACCUGUCUUCCUUUGGAGGAGGCUGGGGCGGGUUGGGCCACAACUGGGCAACAUUUGGGAGUCUAGGAAGCCCAGGAUUUGGAACCCUGAACUCCAGUUGGAGAGGCUUUUCCGGAGACAAACACGUGGGCAGAAUGGCUGCCUCAGAAGGAAAAGAUGAGGAUGGCGAAGAUGAUGUCGACGACUCACACCUGUAUGCUCCAAAACACACCAACCUGUUCACUUCUGCUGCCAUGUCGGCAGUGGGGAGAGGCCUGAGGAGCGGAUUGAGCAGCAGGAUCCCUGGAAGUGGGGAAAAAUCGUGGAGGAGGGACGAGCCAGCGUGGACAGAGAGGAGGGAGGCAGGUUUACAAGGUGACUCGAGGAGCCGUGGCCAGCGAAGAAGUGUGCCAACUCCAGACUGCGCUGCGGUGAAAAACAAAAGAGGGCCAGGACGUCCCAGGAAGCAUCCGCUGCCCUCCGCCGUGUCCUCCCCUACGUGCUCAUCUCAUGCGACGCCGUCCAUGUCGCCUGCUGACUUCGUGCCAGAAGCGGGAGGAGGGGCAGACGAAGCAGUGCCAGAGAAAAGAGGAGGAGGAGGCAACACGGUGCAGCAGGUCAUGGAUCUGGAGUCGCAGGCCCGGAGGAAGAGGGGGCGGAAGAGAAAACACGGUGACUCUCCGUGCCAUCAGAGUUUUGCCAAGGACAUCCCUGAAUGUGACAUGCAUUCUGAGUUUCUCAGCCAAUCAGAUGUCGACGAGGCUCCGCCCCAAGCAGUAGCCGCCCAUAGGGAAGAGAACAGCGAUGGUUCCCCCAGGAAGAAUUACCUGACAGCAGGCCUUUACUCUGACGAUUAUAAAACUACAGAUCCUCCCUUCCAAGCCCAGAAGAACUGCAGUGAGAGUUUAGAGUACACACCAGGGGAGCAUGAGUACAGCCUUUUACCUGCUCCCAUACAUGUUGGAAAGUACUUGAGGCUGAAACGAAUUCACUUCCAGCUGCCAUAUGAUGUGAUGUGGCAGUGGCAGGAAAACCAGCUUCAGCGUCAACCUGCUGUUCCCCUGAAAAGGAAACGCCGUUACUGUCGCCUGAAGCAGAGGACUCUGUCUUCCCAGCACAUAGUGGAGGAGAGCUCCGGAGACAUCGCCAGCCUGUUCCCUCACCUCGACAUGGAGCCUCUGACCUGCAGCGAGAAGAGCUUUGUGGUGAAACACCACGUGUUCCUCGUCAGGAACUGGGAGCUGGUGAGAGACCGACAGAUCCGAAUGAGGAUAGCGAGGGGGAGAGACGGAGACGAGGAGGGAGAGGACUCGCAGAUUGCGUCCUGCGACGGCGCCAGUGGGGACGACAGCCACAUCAAGUCAGAUCACUCAGUGGGGGUGGAGGUGACGGUUAUCAGCAGCAAUGACCCCCCCCACCAAAGUCAGGACACCUCCAGCUCGCUCACUGCCAGCCCCAGCCCCACCAAUAGCCGGAGCAGACAAGAGGAGGAGGAGGAGGAGGGAGAGGAGGAAACAAAACGAGGGGAAAGAAAGGUCUGCAGCAAAGAACAGAGGAGGAAACGGUUGAAUGCUUUACUUUUGACUCUGCAGCAUUCAUAAAUUAUCAGAAAGAGAGAGGGUGGAAUUACUCCAAAAAGGGACCAGCCCCAGCAGUGACCAGGUGGACUGAAACUGAUGUCACUGCACCAACUAAAAAGACAGAAAGACGAAGACGGGGAGCUUUUGACCGUGAGAUGAACGAGACAAAUUGACGUGGAUGAAGGAAAAAAAAAAGAAGAAAAGACCAGCUGACAUGAAUUUGCACUAGUGCUGGAUGAACAAGCACACUAAAGACUGUAUGUAUUCUGAGUGGACACACUUUAAAAAAUACAUAUAUACACUUUGAAUGCUCUCACUGCGGCACCUUAAGCAAAAACAAAACUAAAAGGACGUGUGUUGCUCGGGAGGUUGUACGUGGACACGUACAAUGCGGUACUCGGCAUUUUCGGCUCACUAGUUUCCAAGAGAAAAGGAGCUCAUAAGCCGCCCGGGGAGGAGAAAACGCAAAUGUAGUCCGGGCCCCCCUUAAGUAGGUCAAAAUUGAACCCUCAUUUACUUGUUAAGCUUUCAAAGUCACAUUGCACCUUUGGGAAAUGGCACAAGGAGAAGUGAUCCAGUUAAAAGCUAAAAAAAAAAAAAACCAGUGUUAGUUUUUUUUUUUUUUUUUUGCUUCGAUUUAACAAGACUGUGUCUGCCAUGUUCCAGUGAAUAGGGAAAAGGGAGGGUGGGAAGAGCUUAGCAAUAGGAAUUUUGGCAUUGCUGCAAGAGAAUUUCUAAUGAGGUUUUGAGAAAGAGCUUAUUUUUUUGAAAAAAAUAAUAAAAGAAAAGUGUUGUCUGCUAUAGAAAUGGACAGAAUAUAUUCAUGACAGGAAUGUUUAUUGUCGAACUAUUUUCAGUAUUGCUUCCAAGGAAAAGGGGGAGAUAGUUUUGUUUACUCCCGAUUGCCUUUGAGAGGGUUUCCCUCUUUUCUUCGGAGCACUGACAAUCAGAAUGUCCUCGGCAAUGGAGGCGAUGGUGGGGGUGGGUGGGUGUCAGAGGGGAAAGGGAUACAAGAAGUAAUUUACCCCAAAAUGCUCUGUAGAAGUGCCAUGUCGUCUUAUGUGUAAAAGCGAGCUCAUGUGGUCUUUAAAAAGCAAUAUCUCCUCUAAUAAGGACUAUAUAAGUACUCCAGUUAUGGUUUUUUAAUUAAUUUGUGAAUAUUUGAGGACUUUGUUUUUCUGUACAAAAAGCAUAUUAAAUUGUUCUCAUCCUAGGAUCAUCGGAUUGACAAGCCUUCGGUUUUAUGUGAAUGUACAGUACGUAGAUCUAUUUUCUUUUCAUCCGCAGUAGAGUGUAAAUUUAGCAUAACACAUAAAAGCUACCAGUCAAAUCUUUCAUUUUGCCGAAACAUUUUUAACAGUAUAAGCAGCUGACCAGUAUAUCCUUAGAACUGACAUGGUUGUAUAUUAUUUUUACUCUCUUUUUUUGUAGAGUUACAUAUUUUGCCUCCUUUUUUAGCUGAGCGUACUUUGGUCAGACAAUCUGUGACAGUAAACUAGUUUUUUUUUUGUCUUUCAGUGCUCUCUUUCAGUAGUGUGGCUUCUUAUAGCGAGCCAAAAAAGUGCAAUUUCUUUGACUGUUUACAUACUGUAUGUAUAUUUUUCUCCCUCUUUACUUUUUUUACCUAAAGGCACUACAUUAUUGCCAGUGGAUGAUUAACUUUAUAGCAAAGGUACACAUAAAGAGUUAUUUAUCUAGUUUGCAUGACAUGUAACCUUUGCCUGUUGCCUCUGACGGUGUGCAUCUGAUAAGCAAAACAAAACAACAACAACAAAAAAAAAAAAAAAACAGUGAUAAUUCAAUGCCAUAGAAUGUCAGCUCAAACAUGUUGCCUCUAUAUCCAUAAUAAUAAAAGCAUUUUAUGUCUCCUGGUA